GGGGUCAGCAGCUGGGGAGGAGGCGGGGUCACCGGGCCCAGAGCCAGCAGCCCGCCCACAGAAGUGCCCUUGGAAAGGGCGUGGACCUGCGGGCCGGGAUUCUGGGUCCCCCAGACGGUAGGAGCGGGGCAGUGGGACCCCCGGGGAUAGGAAGGAAAGCAUUUGCUCCAGGAGGGCCUGGGGGCCUGGAUGUCUGGGUUCCCCCCCUGCCCCUCCCACUAGGAAGAGAGAGCUGGAGGCUCCGAUGGGCGGGUGAUUGGCGGGUCCGGGGAGGAUGAGGGCUGGGGGUUGGCAUGUGGAACCUAUAAAGUGGGAGGAAGGAAGUUGGGGGCCUCCUGAUGCUGAGGAGCUGCCUGGUUCUGAGCAGGCGGAAGUGGCCCUUUGGGGGUGACGUCCCUCCACAGUGGCAGCCAGACUCUUGUCCCGUCACUCAGGUCGUUGUGGACUUUGCUUUUCUUUGAAAGCCGCCCACUGUCCAAGCCCCACCCCCAAUCCCCAGCAUUUCCUCUCUGAGCCGUUCACACCUCCAGUCGCCCCAGUUGCCCCCCGACAGGACCAACGAACCCGAACCCGGAGAGCUGGAGCCCAGCAGAGCCCUGGGCAUGUGGGGCUACCUGGCCCUGCUACCUGCCUUCCUGGCCCUCUGGGCUGCCACCAGCAUCUGGACCGUUUUCGCAAUCGCCGUGGCCAACAAGACUGUGAACCUGACGGAAGGCAUCCCCUAUAUCAGUCUCUGCGGAUCCUACCCACCCCAGAGCUGCAUCUUCAGCCAGCUGCUCAACAUGGGAGCUGCUAUGGCCGCCUGGAUCUGCAUUCUCCGUUACCACCAAUUCCGGGACUGGGGCGUCGGGAAGUGGUCUAACCAGCUGAUCCUCUGGUCAGGGCUCCUCUGUGCCUUCGGCACCUCCGUGGUGGGCAAUUUCCAGCAAAAGAACCAGCUGGCCACGCACCUGACGGGCGCCUUCUUGGCCCUCUUCGUCGGCCAUGUCUACUUCUGGCUGCAGCUCUUUCUCUCCUGGAGGAUGAAGAGCCUGCCCCAGCCGGGGGCCCCGUGGAUCGGGCCGCUCCGUCUGCUCCUCUGCAGCCUCUGCACCGUCCUCUUGGUGACCAUGGUCAUCCUCCACACCAGCCUGCAGCGCUCCGCCGCCGCCGUCUGCGAGUGGGCCGUGGCCAUGCUGCUCUUCCUGCUCUUCGGCCUCCUGGCCGUGGACUUCUCCGGCCUGGAGGGCUGCACCCUGUGUCUCCGGCCUGGGCCCAGCCUCAGCCUGCAGCCCGCCUCCCCCGUCUCCCUGCAGACCUCACCGCUGCCGCUGGCCCAGGCACUCUGACCCCGGCCUGGCCCUCCCGGCAGAGGACAGAGACCAGUCCCGGACUCCUCCGUGCCCCCAAGAUGCAUCGCUGGGGACGAACCUUCAGGGGUGAACCGUUGGGAUGGACUUUAAAGAACUUGCCAGGCGCCGGCCGGUGUUUCUCAAUGGUUAGAGCGCUGGCCCACGGACCCAAGGGUUGCCGGUUUGAUUCCGAUCAAGGCCAUGAACCUGGGCUGCAGGUUGGAUGCCUGGCCCCGGUUGGGCGAGUGUGAGAGGCAACUGGUCGAUGUGUCUCUCUCACGUCGAUGUUUCGCUCUCUCUCUCUCCCCGCUCCCUUCCACUCUACGUAAAAGCAAUGGAGAAAUAUCCUCGGGUGAAGACUGCCAACAACAAAAGAGAAUGUGCCAUGGCUGCCCGGCCUGGGACCUAGUGGUGCACACGCGGGGCCUGGCUCCGAACAGCUGCUGGGCUGGCACCUCCCUGCCCGUCCGCCCCUGCCCUGCAGCCCCGCCCCCGCCAUCGGGGCCGCCCAGGAAGCGAGAGGCCAAGGCCAGCCAGCCGUCCCUGAUCAAGGCUAUUUAUUGUUGUUAUUAUUAAUUUUUUUUUUUUUUUUGCCGCCGGCGGAAUCAGAGACACGGACGCAGGCAGGAUCACGCGAAACCAGAAUUCCUUCCGGAGAGCAAAUCCGUACAGAAGGUCGUGGGGGAGGGGGAGGGCCAGGGGAGGGGGGGCCCAGGAAGGGGGAGUUGGGGAUGACACAAGGACAGAUGGCCCUGUCCGUCCGGAUCUGCUAAGCCACCCCAACCAGCCCCCGUCCCUCCCCCGCCCCAUCCCGCAGAGAGGUUGAUCAAUAAAUAAAUUAAUAAUAAAUUAAUCAAUAAAUAAAAUAGAAACAGCUCCCACCCCCUGGACCCCCCUCCCCCAGAACCACCCCUCCCCGUUGGGCACGGCCCCUGGAGCCCCAUCCCUGCAGGGCGAGGCUGGGUUGGUUGUAUCUCCCCCUCCCUAUGUACUCCUUGGGCCCUAUUUACAGAUUCACAGUUGGGGGGGCAGGGAAGGGGGGUGGAGGGGGCUCCCCUCCUUCCCCGGCCCCCUGGGGUCAGGGCAGAGGGGUCCCGUUGGUGGCCAGGAGCUUCUUGUCCUUGGGGGGGCCUCGGCGGGGAGAGCUGGUCAGCUCCGGGUCUGGGCGGCCGGGCGGGGGCUGCAGGCUUCGGGGCGGGGUGCUGGCAGGCCGGGUCUGCGCCCCGUUCUUCUCGUCUGUCGGGGAGGAAGCGGUUUGCCAUCCAGGGUCUCAGCAGCCCAAGGCCGGCCGGGCCGACUCCAGCAUCGUGCGGAGGCCCGAGCCCCCAACACGGGUGCUAGGGGGGCUCACGCCAGCAGCCAGGCCUGCCAACCCUAGAACGGGUCGUGCGUCCGGACCCCCUCCAGCCCUCGUGGCCUUGGAGACCUGGGGGUACAUCCUCAGAGACUGGAUGGGACACUGGUGUGUGACCACAGAGAAGGUUCGAGCACCCCAGGUCACAGCCAGAGGGUCCCCCUUCCCUUCCACUGCCCUGGUGGUUAGGGGGGACGCUGCUUGGUCAUGGGGUUUGGAGCCCCUACCACAGGUUGUUUGGGGGUCUCAGGCCCCCCCAGGCGGGCUUGCCUGACUGGGGUCACCCCUUUGUGGGGCCACACUUCUCCAGACUCGCAGUUUCUAUAGGGCCCAGACAGUGCCUGAUGUCCCUUAGCAGGGACCGGCCCCCAUAAAAGUCACAGAUUGUUGGGUAUUGUUGUCAUAGCAACCAGGAUGGCUCUCCCGUUCGGCAGACGGGGGGGUCACCCCCUGCCCCAUUCCUCUUUAUAAGAUGCCGGGCUAAGCCCCCAGGUGCCUGUUGGUCCUUCCUCUUUGAGGGUGUGCCCUUUGGGGAACCCUGGUUGCUAAGGUCAGCUUUCCUUAGCAACCGGGUCUAGCAGGGUUCAGGGGGCCUGGCCUGGAUUCUGGUCACCCCAGGCAACCAGGCCUGGUGGGGACUCCUGGAGCAGGCUUGCUCCACGCCCCAAGAGGUCAGAACGCCUUGCUGUGGGGGUGUCCAGUGCACCCUGCACCCCCAUUCCCCCAAGAUGGACACAAGCAGAAAGGUCUCCAGACAUUGCCAGUGUCCCCGGAUGUCCCCUCCCAAGGUGUCCAGCUCCUCGUGCUGAGAACGGGGACCAUGUUACACUACAAGGCACAGGGGACGCCGGCUGUGACUGAGGCCGAAGCCCAGCGGUGGCCGGUUCUUCUGGAUCGUCUGGGCGGAGCCUUGAAGGAACCUUCCCCAGCUGGUCUCGCCUGGAAACCAAAGGCUGCAGCCCAUGGUCGCUGGGAGUCUGCCCUCCGCCCCACCGGGGACAGAAGACGGACAGACAGCCGGCACCCGCCAUGGCCCGCACCCACCUGCCAAGGCCUGCACGGAGGGCUGGUCGUGAGUGCUCAGCAGCUGUGCCUGGAUGGUCUCCACCACUCGCUUGAACCGACGGCUGGGACCUGGGAAGGGGCCGGGAAACAAUGCCGUGGGGACUGCCAGGGGCAGGGCCGGGAAGGCCUCCCGCCCUGUGGAAGCCGGUCCCUCCACCCAGGACUCUCCUUGUGGCCUCAGUUCCAGCUCGUCUCCUGGGGCCAGGCACCGACCAUGGUUUGCAAGUGGAGCUAAGAAAAGUUGGACUUGCAGUAGCCAUGGGUGCUGUUUUCUAUUUAAAUGGGGUUUUAUUCCUCGUCAGUUUCUGCGGGAGGCCAUGAGAGCCAGAAAUGUAAGAAAAAUCACUGAGAAGGAAAAAAAUCUUAAACUUCU